GCUUUUCAGCUGGAGAAUAAUGUUUGCCAGUCAUAAACUGCGUAUUUGCGUUGGAGAUAGUGUGGGCUGUGUCAAGGAAGGUAGGAGCAAAAACUGCAGUGUUUGUCAUCCCCGCUAGCCCGAGAUGAAGACCGCAAAAGAUUAUGAUAAACCAAGAAGUAAUGGAGUACAGGUUGUUAACGUUAAGAGCCUGGACGAUGAAUUCGAGCCAGCGAAGAAGAAAGGAGACUCUUUGGAUGUGCAAUUCACCAAAACCAAAGAUGGGACGCCAACAGAUGAGGGACCUCCGCCUGUGGCUUUCUUCAAGCUCUACAGAUUCGCCAGCUCGUCGGAUGUACUCCUGCUGACUGUCGGGCUUCUGGCGGGCGUGGGGUGUGGUAUCUGCACGCCCGCCAACUCCCUCCUCUUCGGCGACCUGACGGGCAGCAUGGUCCACUUCGGGGCGUCCCGGCCGGCGGGCCCGGGCAACCCCGUCCCCAACGCCACCGCGUCCGGCGAAGACCCCGUGCAGGCGUUCGUCGACGCCGUCAGCACCUACGCCAUCGGCAUGUCUGUGAUCGGGGUCGUGAUGCUCGCCUGCACGUACGUUUCCAUCACGACCUUCAACUACGCGGCGCGGAAGCAGGUUUUCCGUAUCCGCACUUUGUUCCUGCAGUCGGUGCUUCACCAGGAAGUCAGCUGGUUUGACGUGAAUGAUACGGGAGAUUUCGCAAGUCGAAUGGCUGAGGACAUCAGCAAACUGGAAGAUGGAAUCGGAGAAAAAGUUGGGAUGUGCGAAGUGUACUUGACUGCGUUUCUCGGCAGUCUAGGCCUCGCGUUCUACAGAGGCUGGGAACUGACUCUGAUCUGCCUGAUCUCGCUGCCCGUCACAUUGCUGUCUGUGGGAAUCGUUGCGAGGAUGACUGGGGUGCUGGCGAAGAAGGAACUCCAGUUGUACGGGAGGGCAGGAUCAAUAGCUGAAGAGGUCCUGGGUUCGAUCAGAACUGUCGUAGCUUUUGGCGGCGAAUCGAAGGAAGUCGAUAGGUACCAGAUGAAUCUGGGAGCUGCCAAAGAUAACAACGUGAAGCGCGGCCUGUUCUCUGGCUUGGGUUUCGGACUCCUUUGGUUCUGUAUUUACUCAUCCUACGCUCUUUCGUUCUGGUACGGUGUCGGAUUGAUUCUGGACGAGAAGUACGACGUAUCAACCAUGGUGACGGUGUUCUUCAGUGUCAUGAUGGGCUCCAUGAACAUAGGCAUUGCUUCCCCGUACUUCGAAGCUUUCGGCAUAGCAAAAGGUGCCGCGGCCAAGGUGUUCUCUGUGAUCGACCGGAAGUCGCUCAUCAACAGCAUGUCCGCCGAGGGCAAACAGCCUUCGUCCAUCGAGGGGCGUAUUCAGUUCAAGGACGUCCACUUCCAGUAUCCAUCACGGCCAGAAGUUAAGGUACUGCGGGGCCUGGACCUGAGCAUCGAGGCCGGCGAGACGGUGGCGCUGGUCGGCAACUCGGGCUGCGGCAAGUCCACCUGCGUCCAGCUGAUCCAGCGGCUGUACGACCCGGCGGCGGGCAGCGUGCAACUAGACGGAGAAGAUAUCCGAAACCUGAACGUCGCUUGGUUGAGACGCAACAUCGGGAUAGUCGGGCAGGAACCGGUGCUCUUCCAGACCUCCGUGGCAGAGAACAUACGGUUCGGCAACGAGAUGGCGUCCAUGGACGACAUCAUAGAGGCUGCCAAGGAAGCGAAUGCUCACGAGUUCAUCAAGCAAUUACCACAGGGCUACGACACCUUGGUGGGGGAGAGGGGCACGCAGAUCUCCGGCGGCCAGAAGCAGAGGAUAGCCAUCGCGCGAGCCCUGGUCCGCCGGCCGCGCAUCCUGCUGCUAGACGAGGCGACGUCCGCCCUCGACACGGGCAGCGAGGCCAAGGUGCAGGCGGCCUUGGACAAGGCGAGUCGGGGCCGCACCACCAUCAUCGUCGCCCACCGCCUGUCCACCAUCCGGCAGGCCAACAAGAUCGUGGCGCUGGCGGAAGGCCGCGUGGUGGAGCAGGGCACCCACGAAGAGCUGAUGGGGCUGGGGGGCCACUACCACGCCCUGGUCACCGCCCAGGUCGGCAUGGUGGACGAGGCCAGCGCCCGCAGCGAGGACAAAAGCCACGAAGCCCUGGAGCGCACGGUGAGCGUGCGAAGUACCGCCUCCAGUAACGCAGAAAGCAUCGCGCCCGUCCCGUCGAAGGAACCAGACGAGGCGGAAGACGUGAAGGAGCUCUCUUCCAUAAUGCGACUGCUGCGACUCAACAAACCGGAAUGGCACUGGAUCUGCGUUGCGUGCUUGACGUCCAUCGUCGUGGGCUGUGCUUUCCCGGUGUUUGCCAUUCUUUUUGGUGACAUAAUUGGGAUCCUGGCCCUAAGUGAUAAGGAUGCUGUGCGAGAGAAGACCAACAUGCACUGUGUGUACUUUGUUGUGACAGGGGCGGUCGUUGGCCUUGCCACUUUCGUGCAGAUCUUCCUGUUCACGCUGGCGGGUGAGAUACUGACCAUGCGACUGCGGAAGGUGAUGUUCGGCGCCUUGGUCCGGCAGGAGAUCGCCUGGUUCGACGACAGGGCCAACAACACGGGGGCGUUGUGUGCCAAGCUCUCCGGGGACACCUCCAGCGUCCAAGGGGCGACCGGCCAGAGGAUUGGCACGAUAUUCCAGUCCUUGGCGACGGUCGCGCUCGGGGUGGGCCUGGCGAUGUUCUACGAGUGGCGGCUGGGUCUGACUGCUCUGGCCUUCACCCCAGUCAUUCUGAUCUCCUUCGUCGCCUUCGGCUCCAUGAUGAAUAGUGGCCAGAAAAGCAAUCAGGAGUCUCUCGAAAAUGCUACAAAGCUGGCGGUGGAAGCGGUCGGCAACAUCCGCACCGUCGCUGGCCUCGGGAGAGAGAGGGGCUUCCACGAGGACUACACGCGGGAGCUGGUCCCCGGGAUGAAGCGGACGCUGCGCGAGACUCACUACCGCGGCAUCGUGUUCGCGAUCGCCCGCAGCAUCACGUUCUUCGCGUUUGCGGCCACCAUGUACUACGGGGGGCAGCUGGUCAGGAACGGCGAGAUGGUGUUCUCAGACGUGUUCAAGAUUGCAAAUGCAUUGAUAAUGGGCACAUCUUCAAUAGCAAAUGCAAUAGCAUUUUCACCCAAUUUCGAAAAAGGCAUUGCUGCAGCGGGCAGAAUUUUCAAGCUUCUAGACAGGAAACCAAGGAUUAUGGAUCCAGUCGUACAUAGUACAGGAAAGUGGACCACGGAAGGCAACGUUCAGUACUCGAAGGUGGAAUUCUGCUACCCGUCUCGCGAGAGCGCUCGCGUGUUGCGGGGCCUGAACCUGGAAGUGAAGCAAGGCCAGACGGUGGCCCUCGUGGGCCCCAGCGGGUGUGGCAAGUCCACCUGCAUCCAGCUGCUGGAGCGCUUCUACGACCCUUUGUCAGGAGCCGUGUCCAUGGACGGCAGAGACGUCUCGUCCCUGACCCUGGAGAACCUGCGGUCCCAGCUGGGGCUGGUGUCGCAGGAGCCCGUGCUCUUCAACCGCACCAUCGCCGAGAACAUCGCCUACGGGGACAACUCGAGGAGCGUCCCCAUGGACGAGAUCAUCAGCGCCGCCAGCAAGGCCAACAUCCACAGCUUCAUCAAGUCCCUGCCUACCGGCUACGAGACGUCCAUGGGUGAGAAAGGGACACAGCUUUCUGGAGGCCAGAAGCAGAGAGUAGCUAUCGCGAGGGCACUUGUCAGGAACCCUAGAGUGCUACUGCUUGAUGAAGCAACAUCUGCUUUGGAUACGGAGAGCGAGAGGAUAGUCCAGGAGGCCCUGGACCAGGCGAAGCAAGGGCGCACGUGCAUCACGAUAGCCCACCGGCUGUCGACGGUCCAGGACGCGGACGUGAUCUGCGUCGUGGACAAGGGGCGGGUGGUGGAGUCGGGCUCGCACGGCCAGCUGCUGGCUCUGCGCGGGAGGUACCACAAGCUGUGCAGCCUGCAGGGGGGCUCCAAGUAGGCGUGCUGCGCCGCCGGGAGCCGAGCGAGGAGCUCCGUCUGCCUGAAGCCCGGCGUCCAGUGUCCCAUCACUAGGGACACCCGUAUUUCGCGAUUUCAUUUCACGUCGAGGUAUUUCACAAAACACUGUAGCUUUUCCUAAGAGUCAUCGUGGCAAAAUUGUGAAGGUGCAGCAGUACGGUGACCACAUUCUCACUGGCCCCGGUCAAGAGCGGGACGUCACCUCUCACCGACCUCAGUCAAUAACCACAGGAGAAAAGCUACAGUAUUUUGUAAAAUACCUCGACACGAAAUGUAGGUAUCGCGAAAUACAGGUGUCUCUGCCCAUCACAUCCGCACUAGCAUGAAGUCUUUGCAGCGUUCUGCAUGCAACUAUGGGACAUUUAAGUGCUGGUUCUGUAAUAUUGUAAAGUUAUAAUCUGAGGCAAGGUUUUAUGGUUUUAUUUUGAGACUAAUUAUGUAUGUUUUGAAAACAGUAGAUUUCGGUAUUUUUGUUUAAAGAAUUAUUUUUAACUCAAAAAGAUGGUUAUUAUUCAACAAAUAUGACACUUAAAUUUUUCAUGGUACUUAUUUAUACAAAACAGGGUCGUUUUGACUAAUAAAUUAUGUACUUUUACAAUAAAAUAAUCUGUGAUUUGUAGGACAGAACUACUACUUAUAGUUCAGCCAUAUCAAAGUUUCUAAUGCUGAUUAAAAUCAGAAGGAAAAAUUGAUUAAAAACUGAGAGAUGACAAAACAGUGCUAAAAGUAUACCAAUAUUGAGAGCCUCAUUGGAUUAUUUAAAAUGUCAUAUUUAAAAAUCUCAUGUAACAUCAUACCUCAUUUAGCUGAUAGAACAUUGCAAACACUUGCUUGAAUUUACAAUGGAGCUUUAUAUACCAGAAAGCCUCUCUGAGCCACAGCAGUAUAUAACUUCUAGACGUCACCUUACUAAAAAAUAUGUGAGAGAUGAUCUUGAUUUUGAUUUGUACAUAAAAUAAUUAAUGAGUUACUAAUGCCAAUGACCUUAAUUUAAUUCUAAAAACUCUCUUUAGUUGCAAAGACAAAGUACCACUAGUACAAAAUAAAAAUUUUUAGACUGGCACUCAAAACCCUUUAUUAAGCAAAAACUUGCGUUGGGUCGAUUCCAAGCACAUGCCAAUUCCGAUUCCAGUUUGGAUUCUCAUAUUUGGUAUUUGAUUUGAUUCCAACAGAUUCAUUACUAUUUACAAUAAUGUUUUAUAGGUUGUCACACUAUUCCUGAUUUGUUUAGUACUUGUAUACAAAAACAUGUUUGUUAUUUACAAAUGUAACUAGAAGUAUAUUAUGAUAUUUAUUGUAUACAUACUUACAACUUAUCAAUGUUACCAUGUUAAGAGAACAAACCUCUUUUUAAAUCAAAUAAUAUUUCUGGUAAAUUGGCUUAUUACUCUGAUAAGUCAGUAAAAAAAAAAAAUUGGUUAAUCAAAGAAUGCAAUUGUAAAAUCCUAAUUAAUCAGACUAGUUGAUUAGUCAGAAAUUGCCACAUUAGUACAAUAGGGUACCUCAGAUUAGUGGGGUAUCAGCCAACAAUCAUAGAAUGGGCUGAUUAAUGGGGAAUUGCUUGAUCAGUCAAACAAAAUCUUUUAUGUCAAAUAGUGUUUGUAAAUCAAGUUUAAUGUCCCUAUGAAAAAAUAAAAAUACAAAUAUCAAAUUUUGUGCUGUAAGGGAACAAUCAACCAGCUUUGAUUCUAAAACCUUUGAACUCUGGAUCCUUUGAUAUGAUUGGAAUUGAUGAAAUCGAGCUAUUCCAGAAUCGUAAUUAACCCAACACUAACAAAUAUCUCAUCCUUAUAUGCGAUGCCAGUGAAACAGAAGUUAACCAGGCUAUUUUGAAGUUCAAUUUUUUUUCCCCUCACUUUUUUAUCCAUACGAAUGGCUGUCAGAAACCAAUUUCAUAGAGAUUCAGAACAUUUCAUGCAAUGUGAAAUAUUUUCCAACCUCCCUCCACAGUAACAUAAUUCGGAAAGGAAAAUAAGAAAUUUUUCUUUACCUAAAAUUAAAUGGGACCAAAGACAGCUGGAGGGUAAGAGAUUGUAUAAAUAAAUGAACUUGUAGUUUUAUAGAAUGUUGUCAGUUUUAUGUAAUAUAAUUAAAAUAUUUCAUACGUGACUGUAAUUAUGUGAAUAUAUUUUGUAUUAAAUAAAUUAUUUUUCUGUAUGAA